AUGGCUAAGGAGGCUGUCACCGCAGUCGCUGAACGGGGCCAGACUGGGAUAACCAACGUCAAUGCCUGUGUGUCGACUACCGAGGCCAGCAGGGCGUCCAAGGAUAACGCUUCCUGGCGAGAAUGGAUGGUUGCAAACCAGAUAGCUCUAAGGGCAUACACGACUCCGUACCUCGAGCUGCCUCAUUAUCACCCCGAGACUGGAAAGUACACGCAGGGGCUGGAUGAUGUCUACUUCAUCAUCAGCUCCAUGCUGGGCUUUACGGCUACCAGAGCUAUUGUUAUUGACUGGCUGUUCUACCCCAUUGCUUCUCAAUUGGGCCUGAGACACAAGCAAUCGAUACGCUUUGCCGAGCAGGGAUGGCUCUUGGUCUACUACCUUGCCUUCUGGGCCUAUGGAAUGCACAUCUGGUAUCAUUCUAGCUACUGGUACAAUUUCCGUGCUAUAUGGGCCGACUGGCCUACCCGAGAGGUUAGCGGCAGCGUCAAACUAUACUGCCUCCUGCAGCUAUCCUUUUGGGUGCAGCAGAUAUUCGUCAUUCACAUUGAAGCCAAGCGCAAGGACCACGCGCAGAUGUUUAUCCACCAUAUCAUAACCAGCACUCUCCUCGGAUCCGCAUAUGUUUAUAGCUUCUACAACGUCGCAAACGUCGUUCUCUGCCUUAUGGAUAUUGUUGAUUAUAUGCUACCGUUCGCCAAAAUGCUAAAAUACCUUGGAUUCGAACGCGCCUGUACAGUUGCUUUCGGUGUCUUCGUCACAACCUGGAUUGUUGCUCGCCAUUUCAUCUACAUGGGCUUGUGGUGGUCCAUUCACAAAACGGUGCCCACUGAUGUGCCGUUUGGGUGUUACUCUGGUAUCACAGGCAAGCAGCUAUCAACCGGCUCGCCUGAUCUCCUGGCCCAUAUCUUCAACCCGUUCCUCGACCUCAAUGGCCCAAUAUGUAUGACUGGCACCAUCAAGGUUAUCUUCCUCGGAAUGUUGCUGCUCUUACAAGUUCUCUCACUCAUCUGGCUUGGUAUGAUCAUCAAAGUAGCGCUGGGCGUUUUGUGGACUGGCUCAAGUGCAGAGGAUACAAGAAGUGAUGACGAAGAAGACGUUGACGCUGGUGAGCCGAAGGAAAAGGCCGGCACCUCUUCGGCAAGAAUCGUGAGCCCAUCAUCUGGUUCAGAAGGCAGCGCCUGGUCACGAUCAGUCAUGCCCAACGGCUCGAACCACCAGAGCCACCCGGUGCGAAUAAGAACGACCCGUGGACGAGUUACGUUAAGUGACCAUAAUGAUCGAAAAGCCCUACUUGGUAGAAUUGGCUGCGACAAGCCAACAUAG